GAAGAGAGAGAGAGACAGGGAGAUCGGAGACACAGCAAUCGCUUCUUGCGUUCACGGGGAUAUGUGGGGAUGACACUGGGGAAGGUUGCUGAACGCCUGUCGUCAGUCUCAGCCGGAGUUUGAGUGAAUUUGACCGAGUAACCGGGAGUUCGGAUCCUGGAUGCGCCACUUCUUUUCUCGCUCCUCCUGUUGGGUUGGAUCCAGAGAGGAGGAUUCUUACCAGGAAAUUGUUAUACUUUUUUGUAUUGUAACGAUCUGGGACGGGCGUUUUGAGGAGAUCCGCGAUGCCGAGUGUGCCCGGGACACUGCACUUUCUCCUGCUGCUCAUUAUCGGCUGGACUGCGGGUUCCAGGUUGCGUCUGGAAGACUCUGCGCCCCGGGUCAUCGAGCACCCCUCAGACUUGAUUGUGUCGAAAGGAGAGCCAGCCACACUGAACUGCAAAGCAGAGGGGCGGCCCACCCCCAUCAUUGAAUGGUACAAGGACGGAGAGCGAGUGGAGACGGACAAGGAUGACCCUCGUUCCCAUCGCAUGCUGCUCCCCAGCGGAUCGCUCUUCUUCCUGCGCAUUGUGCACGGGCGCAGGAGCAAGCCAGACGAAGGCGUCUACGUGUGUCUAGCCAGGAAUUACCUCGGGGAAGCGGUCAGUCGAAACGCAUCGCUGGAAGUAGCAAUCCUCCGUGACGAUUUCCGUCAAACGCCCAGUGACGUGGUGGUUGCAGCUGGUGAGCCCACCGUCAUGGAGUGCCUCCCACCCAGAGGGCAUCCAGAACCAACCAUCUCCUGGAAGAAAAACAAUGUCCUCAUUAACGACAAGGAUGAGCGGAUCACGAUUCGAGGGGGAAAACUGAUGAUCUCAAACACGAGGAAAGCUGACGCUGGCAUGUACAUCUGUGUGGCCACCAACAUGGUGGGCGAAAGGGACAGUGAACCUGCAGAUUUGGUCGUAUUUGAACGGCCCACCUUCAUCAAACGCCCUAUAAAUCAGGUGGUCCUGGCAGACGACACUGUGGAUUUUCACUGUGAAGUGCACGGGGACCCCGUACCGACUACUCAUUGGCGCAAGGAAGAGGGCGAGCUGCCACGUGGAAGGUUUGAGAUUCAGGCUGACAACACCCUGCGAGUAGCUCGGGUUGGUAGCGAGGAUGAAGGAACGUACACCUGUAUUGCAGAAAACAGUGUGGGUAAAGUUGAGUUCUCAGGCUCUCUGACUGUACACGUUGGUCCAUUCAUGCCACCACAGAUCGUCGUGCGACCUCGGGACCAGAUUGUAGCUCAGGGCCGCUCCGUGACCUUCCUCUGUGAGACCAAGGGAAACCCUCCUCCAGCUGUCUUCUGGCAAAAGGAAGGAAGCCAGAUCCUGCUUUUUCCCAGCCAGCCUCAGCCUUUGGGGCGUUUCUCUGUUUCUCCGAAAGGUGAACUGACAAUUACCGACGUCCGGUCAGGCGAUUCAGGAUAUUACAUGUGUCAGGCAAUCAGUGUGGCUGGCAGCAUCCUGUCCAAGGCACUCCUGGAGGUAGAAGAUGUCUCUUCAGAUCGGAUACCACCCAUCAUUCGCCAGGGACCCGCUAACCAGACACUCGCCGUUGAUUCCACAGCGCAGCUUCAGUGUCAUGUGAUUGGGAAUCCUCUUCCUAGCGUGCACUGGCUAAAGGAUGGGCAGAGGAUCCUGGGUAAUGACCCUCGCAUUAGCAUGCUGGAUAAUGGGACACUCCAAAUUACCAGUGUAAAGGUAACCGAUACUGGUAUGUAUGUCUGCGUCGCCACAGGAUCAAGUGGGGAGACCACCUGGAGCGGCUAUCUGGAAGUGCAAGAAAAUGGCAGCCCGACUCGCAUCCUGUCAGCUGAACCGGACCUCCUACCUGGCCCUCCCUCGAAGCCACUGAUCACUGAUGUCACCCGUAAUAGUGUCACCUUGACAUGGCAGCCAAGCCAACACAUCGGAGGUUCAGCAGUCACAUCGUACAUCAUCGAAGCAUUUAGUCAAUCUGCAGGGAGCACAUGGCAGACAGUGGCUGAGUAUGUGAAAGUGGAAAAACACACAGUAACUGGUCUGAACCUCAACACCAUCUACCUGUUCAUCGUACGUGCAGUCAACAUGUAUGGCCUGGGAGACCCUAGCCCCAUCUCUGAACCUGUCCGUACUCAAGAUGUAAGUCCCACAGGACAAGGGGUGGACCAUCGGCAAGUACAGCGUGAGCUUGGGGAGGUGGUAGUGCAGCUACAGACUCCUGUCACCUUGACAUCCACAACCAUCCAGGUCACCUGGGCGGUUGAUCGCCAGGCCCAAUUCAUUCAGGGUUACCGGGUGAUGUACCGAACCAAGACGAGUGCCUGGCUCAUUCAGGACGUGAAAUCUCCUGCUGAACGCACGGCCAUUCUUGUCAACUUGAAAAAAGGCACCGAGUAUGAGAUUAAGAUCCGCCCAUAUUUUGAUGAGUUUCAAGGGAUGGACAGUGAAUCUGUCAUUGUGCGGACACCAGAGGAAGCCCCUGCUGCCGCACCACAAGCUGUUACCGUGGCGACAAUUGGCUUGAGCAACAGCACCAGUAUCAGUGUGUCCUGGGAGCCACCCCCUGCUGAGGAACAGAAUGGAAUCAUCCAGGAGUACAGGAUUUGGUGCCUGGGGAAUGAUACCCGUUUCCACGUCAACAAGUCCAUUGAUGGAACUGUCCAUUCAACAGUUGUGCGGGGGCUGAUAGCGGGCGUGCUGUACCGUGUGGAAGUGGCAGCAGCCACGAGUGCUGGAGUUGGGGUGCGAAGCCAACCAGCAACUGUCCUUAUAAAUCCAACUUCAGACCAGGAACCAGUUCCCGUCGAGGACAAUGAAAACGUCAGCCUGGCAGAGCAGAUAACGGAUGUGGUGAAGCAACCAGCAUUCAUCGCUGGCAUUGGAGGGGCGUGCUGGGUGAUUCUGAUGGGGUUCAGUGUGUGGCUCUACUGCCGAAGAAAGAAAAGGAAGGAACUCAGUCAUUUCACUGCUUCCUUUGCAUACACACCAGCAGUAGCUUUUCCACACGCAGAGGCCUCAGGUAUUACAAGCAGCAGGCCAGGAAUCCUGAACGCAAAUGUCACAAACUAUCCCUGGCUGGCAGACUCAUGGCCAGCCACCAACCUGAUGCGGAACGGGAACGGAAAGGAAACCAAUGCCAGCUCCUGUAUGGCAAAGCAUGAAGCUACGGAGCGAUUCUACAAUGACGCUGGCAUUUCCAACUACAUUGCUCAGACAGAGAAGUUUGGAACGAUGGUAUCAGAUGGGCCUAUCUACAGCACCAUUGAUUCUGCCAGUGACGAGAUGCGUACGUUCAAUGCUCAGCAGACGACGUUAUAUGCCAGCACACCUGUGGUGCCACUCGGAGUCCAGAACCAAUACACAGCAGACCCUGUCAAUGGGCACUGGGGCCUCCAGCCUGGACCCUCCAAUGCCCAGUACUCACAGCCUGAACGCGGCAGGCCAGAAGCUGGUGGGAAAUCUGGGAAGCAGAAACUAAAUGCCAAGCCAGUGAAAGCCCCACCCAUGAACUGGACAGAUUUGCUACCACCCCCUCCACCCAGUGUUGAUAUUGACUCUUACGAGGACGACGAGGAAUUGGAGUAUGGCCCUGGCAUUGAUGAGUGGUGCCCGCCACUCCCUGAGAGGACCUACUUAGUGGAAGGUGCCCAUGAGGAGGAAGGUCCACCUCCACCACCUCGUGGAGAGGCAUCAUCUCCUGCUACUUCAUAUGGGCAGCAAUCCACAGCGACGCUAACACCAUCACCUCGGGAAGAGGCACGAUCAACGGGGCAUGGGAUGACUGAGGACAUUCCAAGGCUGCAUCAGUUCGAGAUUCCACAUUUACCCCGGCGGCUCCCAGUGGGACCAGUCCCUCUGCCCAGACCCCCGACCCCUCCACCAUCACAGAGCAACCAAAAUGUGAACGGGAAUGAAGACACUAUCGUGGAAUCCGCUGGCCCACAUCGGCACGGGCACAAACGUAAUCUGAGCCAAACACCGGCAAUAAGCACCGAGAAUAUCAGUGUGCCCGGAGCAGGAAAGACGAGACACACCCCGAUGAUGGGGAGCAGCAGUGUGAACACCCCACCCAGCCAGAAAGCCAGGGCCAAAAAGAAAGCCAAGCCGAAUCAGUACCGCCGUGAUCUCUCUCAGGGGGACCUGCCACCACCACCUGAACCUCCCCCAGCUGAUGGAAUUGUGGAGACACCUUACCUGCAGCCCACUGGAUUGGAGAGCAGCCUGACCUCGCUGGACCAUGACGGCAGUGCUUCAUCCAUAGAAAGGAGGCAGUCAGCCGAUCAGCGAACAGAGAGUGCGCAUUCUCACAACAGAGCAGCUUCAUCGCGACACAAAAAUGAAGAUGACUUGAUACCAUACAGUAAACCCACCUUCCUGCAACGGGGUCAAAUGUCAAGUAAUUGCUCCACGACAGGAAGUUCAUCAUCCAGAGGUUCAACAGGGUCACGGGGUCAUGUAGCAGGGCGGAGCAGAGGAGUUGGAGCAGACCGUAGUGAGGACAAGAGAUGAACUGAAGACAAGGGUGUACAGAAGAACCAGGCAGUAGGUGAGGUGUCUGGCAGAGGCACCACCCGCUUUCCUCUCACUCAGCCCUGUACAGAAUGAUUUGCCUUUUACGAAAAAGUUCAAGUUUUGAAAUUUGAGAAAGAAACGUUUUACAUUUAAUUUAUGACAUGUCGCUGGAUAUCAGGAAAAUCCAUGUUAACUUUGUAAAUAAUUGGGAAUUAUUUUGUUUUUGUUUGUUUCUAAGCAUUUCCUGGCCUUCUGGUGAACGUAUUUAUAAAUGAUAAAAAAGAUAAUGUUGGAUAUUAUAAGGUUAUUGUCUGAAUGUGCCAAUCUUUUACAAUAGCAAGUAUGCGUCUAACAGACUGAACUAAAAAUAUAUAUAUAUUUGCACUCUGUGAAACACAAGCACAACGCAUUCUGGAUCUGCCUAUCAGGAUCCCAAAGGCCGCAGGGCAGCCAUAUCGGAAAAUACUGCUGCGCUUCCUCUGAAUGGAUAGGGUAACCGCUGCCUGCAUGUCCUAUGAAUGUUCCCAUCUGUGCACCAAGAUGAUGCUUUGAUAGCGGACCGCAAUACUGAAGUGAAUAUGCUUUGGAACAAGCUGUUAGUUAGUGCCCACUCCGUGAGAACAGUUCUGUUUGAAAAGUCAUGAUGGAAGGGCAGUGGCUGCUGGUAUAAAGUUUAAAUGAGAAUGAAUGUAGCCUGAUAUUUUGUUGUAUUAAAAACAUUUCGUACAAAUGUUCAUUAGAUAAAAUAUGAGUGGUUAUUUAUCUAGAGAUAUAUAGAUACAUGUAUGGUCUGACACUCAAGGAAGGAAACUGCCCUUUGCCUGAAAUUUUUUAAAAUGAAGACGCGUCUCGGUUGGAGGUUUGUCCAUUCUAAAUUGAAUUGUGACAUCUUGAUCGAAAGGUGGUGAUGGGGUGAAUUACAGAGGUAGGUUUUGCAAUUUAACUCUCCUGCUAGAGAGUAUCAUACUGGGAAUAUUAAUUAGAAAAUCAGGCACAAAGGUGAAGACCACCAUUUUGUGGUCAACUCAAUUUUCUGCCCUUUAUUAAACAGAAAAAGGCGGCUGGGUCAUGGAAUGGCUUGAGAAAAUAUCAUGGCCUGAUAUUCCAAUCAGUGCUGCAGUGCGUGGAUCUCUAUGUCCAGUGCACUCAUUUGUAAAAUUAGUUGGUUUGAGGUGCCACUUGAGAUUAUUCAAGCUCCUUCCCCCAGCAAGUUUUUUACACAUCAUUGAAUUGGGUCCUGGCCUCUGUCAGAUGCUUCUUUGUUAAAGAUAGUUCACAAUAUACCAACUAACAUGAUUGCACAUUUGAAGAAUAGGGGUGUAAUUAUAGGAGAACUCUGGUUCCCACAAUGUUUCGACUAGUUAAUGGACUGUCCAGGGUUGAACCAAACCAGACAGAACAAGGAUGUCACAGGACUGUUCUCUAGUCUGUCUUGAGUAGGCUGAUUGCCCGGAUGGAGAUGAUAGCCCUACAGCUGAUCCCAUUGCCUUAGGGAGAGGAAAAAUCCACCUCUGCUAAACACUAUUAGCAAACUCCUGCUCUGAAGUGUAUGAAUUCAAAGCAGGAUAGGAUUGGGAUUAGCUUGGCUUGACACUGCUCGCCCACCACAGUGUUUGAAUAGCCCUCUGAUGCCUGUGGAACAGUAUCCCAGCAUAUCAAGGUUUCAGGCGAAGGAGGGAGGAUAUUUAAGAAAAUAAGAAAUUCAGUGGUUGGACUUUUGAAUUAAAUAUUUGGAGUAUCAAAGUGUGAGAAAAUAACCUCCACGUUCACACAUAAAAACUAACAUAUCGGAAAGCCCAUGCUUUGAGCAGGGAACCACGAUCACUAUAAUAUUGGAGUCGAACCUCUAGCCCAUGUUCUUUGCAAGCAUGGAUUCCUGAUGGAAAUGUAGAAUCAUACAGCUCUCCUUAGAAGAUAAGGAAAAUCCACCAAUAUAGAGGACAGUCAUUUUAAUAGUGAGCCUUCACUACUACUUGGAAUCCUGGGAUAGACCCUCCUCCAUUGUGCCUGUUUUACUCAGUCUCCAUGAGAGAAAGUAGCAGGAAUCCCAUGACAUAUACAGGUGUCUGACUGUAACCCUGAUAGACUGCAAGAAUAUUGAUAGGAAGGCACACACCUCAAGAGCUCCAAAAUUGUCUAUAUUCCAACACAACCGUUGCUAUGUACAAAAUAAAGUGGCUGUGCAAGAUUUUUCUAGGGGCAGUGUUGCAUUAUUUGUGGUGGUAUUUGGAAUUUGUCACAAGCAGAGGGAAUAGCGACACAAAGACCUGAGGUGCUUUGCUAACAUACAUGAUGGCUCAACAAUUUGUCUUUAGGACCCUAACAACCACUGUGCAGUGCCAUCGCUGCUUUAUGGAGGUAAAGCAAAAGGAAUGAGCUUGAGAAAUGACAUUCCAUAGAACUAUGGGUCUUACGGAGUCAUGAAUGAGAAAGCUCAAAAGCCCAAUGGUAAGAUUGGUCAAUUUUCAAUUAUUUCUUCAGCAAUCACAGUCCCUCUGAAACAGUUGAAAGCGUUCUCGUGUUUUCUGUUAUUCAUUUACAGUGUAAAGUCAAAUUGUACCAAAAAUAAUGUUAUUGUUAGA